AUACAUGUUACGCAAUAGACCAAACCAAACCGCAAAAACCAAAUCAAAACCCGUUCAGUUUAUUUUCUUUCAAUCUUUAAAAUAAACCGUUAAAACAGUAAAGUAAAUCCCAUUGGCAUUUCUUGCUCAACUUCAUCUUCAUCUUUUUCUUCAUCUUCAUCUUUUUCUUCUUGAUCAUCAAUACUCAUGUUGGUCAAUUUCUUUCCCUCUCUAUUAACAUCAUGGAUUUAACAAUUAAUAAAAUAUCUGAUUCAGUUCAUAUAUAGAGAAAUAAGAGAGAAGAGAAAGGGGAUAAAAGAAAAGAAAAUGAAAGGAGAGUCUUUUUCUGGGCUUCUUUGUCAAGAAAGUGAAACCUGUCUAGAAGAAGAAGAAGUGAUGAUAGAUGAGGAUGCUUUUAUUGAUAUAAGCAUGAGUUAUGGCGGUGAUUUAGGCAGAGAAGAAGAUUAUUUGGAAAUGUUAUUUGAGAGAGAGAUCAAUUUUAGACUCAAGAGGGAUCAAUCUAUGGAUAUUGACAAUUGGGUCAAAUGUGCCCGUUUAGAAGCUAUCACUUGGAUUCUCAAAACCAGAGCAUUCUUUGGUUUUCGCUUACAAACAGCUUAUUUGUCUAUGACCUACUUUGAUCGAUUCCUUUCAAGAAGGUCGAUUGAUAGUGAGAAAUCAUGGGCAGUUAAAUUACUAUCAGUGGCAUGUCUUUCUUUGGCAGCAAAAAUGGAGGAGAUAAAAGUACCUUCAUUAUCGGAGUUUCAGAUUGAGGACUACAAUUUUGAAAGCAGAGUGAUUCAAAGAAUGGAGCUUUUGGUAUUGAACACAAUGGAAUGGAGAAUGAUUUCCAUCACUCCUUUUGUUUUUCUUCAUUAUUUCAUUAUAAAAUUCAGCGAGGAAUCUCCACCAAGGCAUAUAGUAUCAAGAACUGUUGGAUUCAUUUUGGAUUUAAUGAGAGAGAUUAAUUUGAUGGAUCAUAGACCAUCAGUUAUAGCAGUUGCAGCGACAUUGAUGGCAUUGGAUCAAAGCCUAACAAGACAAGCAAUGGAGUGUAAGAUGAAUUCAAUUUCUCAUUCUGGGUUUCUUGAAAUUGAUGAUGUGUUUCAAUGCUACAGUAUAAUACAGAAAUUGGAAAUGGAGAAUCUUAAAAUUCCUAAUCUCUCAAAAUCAUCGGCUGGCGAAUUAAGACCGAUUGAUGUUUUAGAGAGUUCUUCUGUUACUUGUGAUAUUAACACUAAAAGGAAAAGAUUUGCGUUCAAUCAAAAUUACGGGUUAUCUACUGAAGAGAAACGACACCGGUAGAGAAAUUUGUGGAAGGUUUUUUUCUUCAUGGGUUGAUUACAAAAGGAUAUUAUUGAUUUCAUGUGUUUUUUUGAUUAUUAAUUGAUGAUGGGUAUAAGAGAUUUGAGUUGGUUGAAAAAGUUUCCUCAAGGAAAGACCAAAAGAAAGGAGAAAACAAAGAAAUAAAAGAGCUCAUUAUAGAAAAGCUGAUUGCAAAUAGACAUUACAAUGCCACCAGAUGGGAGAAAAAGGAACAACUUAGAUAUCUUGAAGAAGGCUACUUAUAAAACAGUCAGUUCAUAUAUUGCUUACUCACAUGUUCAAUUUUUUUCUAAUAAUUUAUUUUUUUGCACUUUUCUAAAAAAUUUCUUUAUUUUUAUUUUUUUUUUAUAAAAAAGAACUUUCUUUCUGGGUUUAUAAUGUCCCUUGCAACCUUACCUUUUGCUGAGAUGCUUGGGAUGGAUGCUUUCUUGUGUCUUUAGAAAGGCUGGUAGUAAUUGUGGAAUGGGAGAGAAGGUCUGUUAGUGUGAUUUGAUAAAUCUUGGCCAUCCAAAAAGUAAUGUAAAGGUGAAUUUGAUUGGAUUUGUUUGAAUGUCUGGGGUUUACCCUUUCAAAAGCGGGUCCUGCUUCCUUCUUUUCAUCUUUUCCCUAUAACACUUUGUUGUAUAUCUCAACAAACUCAAAAUACUUUGCUUGCUUAAUCAAAAGAUAAUUAUUUCUUUA